AUGGCGGAGGAGGUCGCUAAUACUGUGGCUGGGAAAAUAGUGGACUUGUUGUUUAGUGCGGCUAAACGGGAGAUUGAUUACAUCCGAAAUUACACUAAAAAUGUUGACAUCUUGAAGAAUGAAGCUCAAAAGCUCAAGGAUAUGAGGGGUAGGGUUCAACAACGAAUCGAUGCAGCUAAAGAAAAGGGAGAAGCUCUCUUAGAUGGUGUGCAGAACUGGUUGGACAAGGCAGACAUUGAAAUAUCCAAGGUGGGAGAGUUUCUUGAAGAAGAAGCCAACGCCAAGAAGACAUGCUUCAACUUACGACCUUGUGUCAAUUUGAGCACACUCUACCAUUACAGUAAGAUGGCGAUAAACAUGACCUCUUUUCUUCUUCAGCAUCAAGAAGAUGGCAAAACUCAUGAAUAUUGUGUCUCCAUUCCCACUCCCACCCCAAGAUUGGUAGACCUCUACCAACCAAAGAAUCUUGAUGAUAUCGAUACCCACAAGUUGGCGUUGAGGGAAAUCAUUCAAGCUAUCAAAGAUGAGAGCAUACAAAUGGUUGGAAUUUAUGGAUCAGGAGGUGUAGGGAAAACUACAUUAGCCAAGGAAGUUGCUGCACAAGUGAAGAAUCUAUUUGCAGAGAUUGUGUUUAUAACUGUCUCACAGACUGUAGAUGUUGAAAAGAUUAAGAAGAAUGUUGAAGUAGCUGCAAAGCGGAUAAUGAUUAAUAAGGAGAAGGUUCUAAUCAUUUUAGAUGACAUAUGGGAACCAUUAGUCCUCUCUGAUCUUGGCAUACCAUGUGGGAAAGACCACAUGAAUUGCAAGAUUUUGUUGACGUCUAGAAGGAUGGAUGUAGGUGAAGGGAUGAAUGUAGAUAGGAAUAUUUGUGUAAACACUUUGAAGAAGGAAGAAGCAUGGGUCCUGUUCAAACGUAUAGUUGGUGAUGAGAAGUUAGCGAAUAAUUCUAGUCUGGUGAAAAUUGCAAAAGAGGUGACUGAAGAAUGUGGUGGACUGCCACUCAUCAUUCAAGUGGUGGGAAAUGCUUUAAAAAAUAAAAAAAUUGAUACAUGGGAGGGGGCACUUGACCGACUAAGAAAGCAUGCCCCUCUAGAGAUUGCUCCAGAGAUAAGGAAGGCGUUUACUCAUUUGAAGCUGAGCUAUGACUUACUUGAAAGCAAAGAAGCUAAAUAUUGCUUCUUACUGUGUAGUUUGUUCGGAGAAGAUGAAAUCAUAGAUACGUUACGCUUAGCAGAAUAUGGGGUGGGUCUACGCAUAUUUGAUAAUCUGGAUAGCAUUAACGAUGCCAAAAAAAGAGUCGAAAUGGCAGUUGACACCCUCACAUCCUCUUCCUUGUUAUUGCUUGAGCCGGGAGACAAAGUAAAAAUGCAUGAUGUUGUGCGUGAUGUGGCUUUGUUAGUAACUUCUUCUUCUGAAGGUGAAGAGAAGGAGAAGUUUUUAGUGGAGGCUGGAAAAGAUUUGACAGAAUGGCAACCAAGAAACAGAACCUCAGAAAGCUACACCAAGAUCUCACUCAUGGAUAAUAGAAUUCAUAAGCUUCCAGAUCAUGAGCUUCAUUUCCCACUCCUUGAUACUUUCCUUAUACAAAGCAAUGGUCUUUCCAUUAUUCCUGAUGAUUUCUUUCGAGGCAUGAAAGAAGUUAUAGUUUUAGAUAUGGCUUUUAAUCACAUCAAAUCCCUCCCACAAUCACUGAAGCUGCUCACAAAACUCAUCAUGCUCGAUCUAAGUUUCAAUAGAUCUCUCAAUGAAAUUUGUAUAGUUGGGGAGCUAAAAGACCUUGAGAUUCUAAAGGUUAGAGCUACCGGAAUUAAAGUGAUUCCCGAAGAGAUUGGUCAAUUGACCAACUUAAGGGUGUUGGAUGCGGGGGAAUGUGAUGGCUUAUCUGAUGUAACAGUUGGUGUCAUAUUAAAGCUCACUUGGUUGGAAGAGUUGUAUAUUGGAACCGAUGCCAAGAAUGCAGUGUCUCGCCUUGGUCUUCUGGAAAUAAGUAAACUGAAAUCGUUCAGAGCUCUGCAUUUAAAAAUGGAUUCAGAUGCUUGUCAUCUUUUUCCUCAAGGUACCUACUUGGAAACGUUGCAAGAAUUCUUUUUUCAAUUUAUCCAAAAGAAUACUUUGAUUAGGAGAAUAUUUUUGCGAAUUGAUCCGGAACCAUCAAAAUCAUAUUUAAAACGUCGACUACACAUUGAAAGUUCUAAGUUCCCAUUCAAGAUGCCAAUCAAGAAACUGUUUCAGGUAAGUGAUGGUAUGGUACUAAAGAGGAUAAAAGAUUUGGAUAACAUCAUACCAGACCUUUAUGGAGAGAGUACUAUUGAUGAAUUAAAGUCUAUUGAAUUGGAGGAAUGUGACAAAGUUUCAUGCUUGGUGAAGACAACGGAUGAGGAUGAGGAUGCAACACAAACUUUUGUUGCACCCAAUGACCUGAUGCUUGGUCAAAGGAAAACAUCAAAGGAAAAGUAUUUCUCCCAAGUGGAAGACAUCCAUCUGGAUCACCUUGAUAACUUGAAGCUUCUUUUUGAUUGUUCAUUUCAAUAUAUAAGCCUGUGUAAUCUACAAGUCAUUAAAAUUGCAUAUUGUGAUUCCUUGUUGACCGUAUUCCCAUUAAGAGUAGCACAAGGGCUUUCCAAUCUGAAACGUUUAGAGAUUUUGAGUUGUGACAGUUUGAUGGUUGUGAUUUCUGGUGGAGAUGAGCAAACAACUCAUAAUGACAUUGAGUUCCCUAGACUUACCCAUAUUUCCCUUAAAAUUUUGCCCAAACUAAAGAGCUUCUACUCUGGGGAUUCUAUAGUCAAAUAUUCUUCUUUGGAGUUUAUCGAGGUGGAAGAUUGUCUUAGCAUGAAGAGAUGGGGUUAUGGAGUCCACGAUAUGCCCAAUGGAAAAUUUGUCAUGAAGUGA